AGAGAAGACUUGGACUUCCAGUUGAGCUCGUGACUGCUUGUUGAGACUUGAGGGUAUUAUUAUACUUUCAUCUUAACUCAAUGCACACAAGAGUUCCAUUUCGCUCACUCUCUCCAUUUUGCUUCUCAUUCUUUCUCCAUUUUUUCUUGCUCCGAAAUUUGUAGCAGCCCACUCAACUUCAUCUUACAUCACUUCCAAAUCCAACGAAUCUUUCCGCAUUACUUCAUCCUUCAGUUUGCAUGGUUGGGCUUUCAAAUUGUUGCUAUGGCACUUGAAGAGCAUGAGGUUGACUACCCUUCAAGCUCUUCUGGUUCGGCUAGGAGAUGGAAGUAUCAUGUGUUCUUGAGUUUUCGAGGAGAAGAUACUCGUAGAAGAUUUAUAGAUCACUUGUUUUGUGCUUUGCAACGCACGGGAAUUAAAGCUUUCAGGGAUGACGAAGAACUUGAGAGGGGACAAGUUAUUAAACCAAGUCGGCUCCAAGCAAUUGAAGAAUCUCUUUCUGCAAUUGUUGCUAUCUCUCCAAAUUAUGCUUCAUCAACCUGGUGCUUAGAAGAGCUCUCAAAGAUUCUUCAUUGUAAGAAAGAGUUGGGUCUUCAUAUAUUUCCAAUCUUUUAUGAUGUGGAUCCAUCUGAUAUUCGGCAUCAAAGAGGAAGUUUUCCAGAAGUAUUUAAGAAGCAUGAAGAAAAACUUCCACAAGACAAGAUGAAGGUUCAAAAUUGGAGGGAUGCUUUGAAAGAAGUUGCUAACUUAUCGGGCUGGCACUCUGACAAUUGGCAUCAUGAAACAAAACUCAUUGAAGAUGUUAUUGAAAAAAUGAGGUCAAAAAUAUAUGAUAAGCUUCCAUUUGACUCUCAGAGAUUAGUUGGAAUUUGAUCAAACCUUGCAAACUUGAAUUUAGAAAAUGUGGAUGAAGUUCGAUUUAUAGGAAUAUGGGGUGGAGAUGGUUCAGGGUUGGAAUCGGUGGAAUCUGAAGAAGUUUGAGGUGAGCGUUAAGGGAGUGUUUGAUUUGGCGAAGUUGGUGGAGUUCAUGUGGAAGCAAACAAGGAAGCAGGCUGUAAUAGUGAAGCAAGAGGUGGCAGAGAAGAAAGAGGAAGCAGAGGAAGGUAAAGGGGAGGAGAAGAAGAAAGGAAAGGAAGGAGAUGGAGGAGAGAAAGAGAAGAAGGAAAAGGAGGAAGAAGGAGGAGGAGAAGAAAGAAACUGGAGAGGGAGAGGCAGCGGCAGCAAAAGUGGAGGAAGAAGCGGUGACGGAAGAGAUGAAGUUGGUGGAGAUGAAGAAGAGUGAAUACCAAUUCUACACUUCAAUUUUCAACAUGGAGAAGUAUG